UAUUUUGCAAAAUGUAUCAAUUAUGGUAUAUAGUAUCUGGAUUUGUUGGUUAUUUGUUAUAUGAUGGAAUAAGCAAGAUAAUUAAAGAGUUUCUAAUUCAAUCUUUAGAAGUUGUCAAAUUAAAAUUAAGGUCUCUGAAAUAAUGGCUGAAGUAACUUCAUUUGCAUUUGUUUAUGGUGCUGUUGAUGUAUUAAUUACAUUAGUAGCUUAAUCUUAUUCAGGAGGGAUAUAAGAAACAAUUUUUCAUUUUAUUUAGUUUUUCUGUAGUAUUGGAAUUUUUUGAUUACUAAAACAUCUAUGUCUCAGCUUAAAAUACAUCCUAUGUAUUUUUGAUGAAACUUUGA